AUAAACAUUUCAGAAAAUGAAAUUUUUGGCUUGAAUUUUUUUCCUUUUCAAAACGAUAUUCUAAAUUCAUUUCGAUUUAAAUAGCAGAAUUUUUUUAUUAUGAAUUCUGUAAAAUUAAUGUUAUUAAAAUCUGUUUGGAAUGCUGCUUUUCGAAAUAGUAUCAAAACCUAUUGCUCGUUCAGUCACAGAAAACAAAUAAAUGAUGAGUUACGAAUUCGUCUAGCUGCAGCAUACCGUGGGUUAGAUGCUUAUGGAAUGAAUGAAGGAAUAUGUAAUCAUUUAUCGGCUAUUGCGCCGUCUACAGAAACUGACGAAGAUAUUAUGUUAAUUAUACCUUUUGGAUUACAUUGGAAGGAGGUUACUCCAUCUUCUCUGAUUGGUAUCAAUGGAAAAAAUAAAGUUAUUGAAGGAGAAGGGGAACCAGAAUUGACUGCUUUAUGUAUCCAUCGGGGAAUUUAUGACAAGCGUCCUGAUGUAAAAGCAAUAAUGCAUACACAUAUGCCUUAUGCUACUGCCUUAACUUGCCUUAAAGAUCCGAAAUUACAUAUGAUACACCAAAAUUCAGCCCGGUUCUUUAACAGAGUCGCUUAUGAUGUUUCAUAUGGAGGACUAGGAGAACAAUUAGAAGAAGGACAUCGCUUGGGUAUUGUUCUUGGAAACAAAAAUGUUCUAUUUAUGGGGAAUCAUGGUGUUCUGGUAGUGGCUGAUUCUAUCGACAUAGCUUUUGAUGAUAUGUAUUACUUGGAAAGGGCAGCUAUGGUUCAGGUGUUAGCUGCCAGUACUAACAAGGAACUAAGGGAAUUGGAUGAAAAAACAAUUAUUAUGACAUCUCAACAAAUUUGGAGCUCAUUACCGAAAUAUGCUACAAGUCAUCUAAAUUCAAUUAUUAGACAAUUAAGUAUUUCUUGUUCUGACUUUAAGAUAAAGUAAUGGUGUACAUGCUCUGUUUAUUUUAAAGUAUGUAAAUUCUUGUUUUAUAUCUAUUUGAAAUCAAGAGUUGAUUUUCUUAUUGGUAUAAAUUAUUACUAAAUAAUAUUUUACAGCUUUACAAUUGUUAAUAUAAUACCUUUAUCCAUUGUUAAAGUUUUUGAUUUGAAAUUCAAAAUAGUGAUUUUGAUGAUAUUUUAUGAAUAUUUCGAAUGAUAUUUUAUGAAAUUGUGCAAAUUUACAGCAAAAUAGAUAAAGAAAUCUAUUUUUUUAUAUAUUUUCUAUUGCUUUAUUGAUGUGUAUUUGUCAUGCAUAACAGGUAAAAUAUAAAUUUAAUGUCUUCAAACUCUAUUUAGUUUUUUUAAAAAAAUAUUUUGGUAAUUUAAGUUUGUUAGUAUUAAUAUUGUAAAUCUUUAAGACAUUUAUCAGAUUUAUUUGUGAAUCAAAUACAUUUAUUCUAUUUUUAUUAUUUAAGUUUCUUAUGGAAUCUACGAUUCUUUUCAUUAUUAUUUGGUCAAGAUUUUGAUUAUAUAAAUUGUAAUAAAUAGUUAAAAAUAUUCAUUGUUUAGACAUCAAAAUUUGAAAGAGAUAUCCCUAACUUAGCUGUUAAAAUGAUGCAUAUUUGAGUUAGUUAAUCAGUUAACAGUAUAUUGUUGAAUGUAUUGCUGACUAAAUUUUUUAGAUUAAAAAAAAAAUUAUCAAGAAAAAUUGACUGAAUUCAGGAAAGCAAAUAUAAAUAGGCUGAAGAUUAAAAAUAUUGUAUUUGAAUUCCCUAACAGUGUUGUUUAAAUAAUUUUGAUGAUAUUGAAACAUUAAAAAUUAGGUUAAUUUUGAACUUACACUUUGAUGCAUAAGUGAUAACUUGGAGAUUUUUAUCUAAAAAAAUGCACUAAAUUUAUAACUAGUAAUCUCAGUAACUAAAUUUUUUAAAACUCAUGAGAAUGAGAAGGUUCAGGGCAGAAAAUUGUAAAAGUUUAAGGGGAGUAUAAGUUUUCCCUCACUGUGUUGAAUAUAGGUUUGUUUGUUUAACAGUAAGAAGAAACCUGGUACUAGGCUAAGAUGAACAUAAAAGUAUUUUAUAUGAUUUUGAUGUGUGAAUCAUUCAGUUCUACUGAUCACACUCUAACAACUACAGGAUGGAAGAAGAAAACAGUUCUUCU